AUAAAAAAUAAAAUAAAAAGUAACCUUAAAGAACAAUAAGGAGGCUAUAUACAGGGACACCAGUUAGUCAGACACGAGAGGCUUGGUUGGAAAGAAAGUCAAUAAUCUGUUGACUGACUGUUCAGUCAACAACUUUACACAUUGAGUAAGAGGAUCAAAGACUGGGUGAAAUGUGAAAGGGGACAGGGUUGGAGGCAGUUAAUUGAAAUGUAAUGUAAAUAAUGUCUAUCUAUUGACAGUGCGUCUCUACUAACAACUAUUCACAGUGUUGCGUAAGAAGAGCCUGACAGUAACUGACUGUGGCAGGUGAUGUGAAAACUAGGAAGGGGCGGGGUUCAUUUUGACAUGCCUAUGUGCGGGGGAAUUCCAGUUUACCCUCAGGCCCGGCUAGCUCAGUCGGUAGAGCAUGAGACUCUUAAUCUCAGGGUCGUGGGUUCGAGCCCCACGUUGGGCGGCAGUGUUUUGUGUUGAGUGCUAGCCUCUGAGACAGACUUUGACACAGUUUCACAGUAGAUACAGUAAUCACUUACUGUAAAUAGUGUAGUCUUUCUGCAUCCUGUUCCUAACAAUGCUCCUCCCCAUGAGACUAGUGAAACAUGUUGUAAAGGGUGUUAAAUGUUCAACUCUUCUUUUCACAGGGACCAAUGGAGGAGUGACCCCAGUGGGUCUACUGGCUAGCUUCCUGGGGGGCCUGGCAGUGGGCGUGGCUUACUAUAUCUCUCAGAUCCUAUUGGUCCGUGACCUUCACCUGGCUGAUCCCCAGUGGCCAAUCAUAGUCUAUGGAGCCAUGGCUGGCCUAAUUGGGUCCAUGUUGGACUCUGUCCUGGGAGCACACUGGCAGUACUCAGGUUACGACGAAAGCCUCGGAAAGGUUGUUAACUAUGCGUCUGUGACAACUAAGAGGAUAUGUGGGAAGCCUAUCCUGGACAACAAUGGCGUUAACCUCUUCUCUUCCAUCAUAGUAGCUCUGGUUCUUCCUGGUGUUGCAUGGAGCUUCUGGCCUCACUAGGGAAGGAACUCUUUACAUUUCCCUGAUUUUCUGUUUUGUCAACAAUUUUUUUUUUGCAAAAAAUGUUUUGCUUGUUGUAUUGAAGUCGUGCCACUAAUGUUUUAUACUUACCUAGUAUGGUGUAGCUUGCUGUCUAAGGAAAUAGAGUUACCAUGCUAAUAACUAACCUCACAACUCUGUGUUUGUCUCCAUGGUAAUACAUUUGUUGAUCUUAGUUUAAUCAUCUAGAUUUCAGUUGUUUACUAAAAUGCAUUAAGUGCAUGGACUAUA